UAUUUAACCCGUGUUACAGUGUGUAUUCCUGUGUACUCCAGGUAUGUUUUUGUCCUGCUGUAACUGGCUGUGCAUGGACUCGGGGGACGGGGUGGACCGGUCUGCAGCCGAGAGACGUCAUCAGUCCUACACGAACUCCGGCUUCAACAGACAGCCGUCCCCGUCUGAACCGUCCUGCAAGGCCUGCGGGGGGCGCCUGAACACCCCGGCCACCAAGCAUGUGUGUGUGGACUGUAAGAAGGAUUACUGCAGCCGCUGCUCCGCCCAGCUGGAGCCCCGCCCCCGCCUCUGCCACACCUGCCAGCGUUUCUACGGUAACCUGCUGGAGCGGGCGGAGCUCAUGAAGCUGAAAGUGAAGGAGCUCCGGGACUACCUGCACCUGCACGAAGUCUCCACACACCUGUGCAGAGAGAAGGUUGUUACUUUACAGUCUCACACUCACACACAUUCAGUUAAAGGAUGUGGAAGCAGGACGUUCAGGACAUUAGAGGCUCAGUCAUGGGACGGAGGACUUUAG